UACGCAUUUGGUGAGGAGGGCGACGGAUCUAAGCACGUGGAAAUCUCGCAAUGGUCCAACGACAUGGCUGACAACAUGAUGUCUCUUCAUGAGGAGCUAGAGGCUUUUGGCGAGACUAUGCCGGAGCCAACGCGUAAGACGCGGACUCCAAAGGACGGUAAAGGCGAUUCUGCAAGUGGUACUCGCUCUCGUUUGACUCGCAUUAAGGACGCCGCGUCGGAGGACUCCAACGAUGAAUAG